GUGUUUUCAAAAAAGGUCGUGGCUUCAUUAUUACCGCAGCAUUUAUUUAUAGCUGUUUUAGUGCUUCUGGCCUAUUCUAUGAAGUGUACCGUGACAGAUUAGUGCGUGUUUGGUAUGCAUUAAAUGCAAACUAAAGAAUCAUGGAGACGACCCCUUGAAACUAGUGCAUGUCAUUCAUCGCGCAGUGAACUACAACGCCUGUGAUUUGUUGGAAUGACGCAAUGACAUUUAAAAGCGUGUGCAAGGUGUAAAUGAACAGGUGCAGGCUAGGCCGGGCUGUACUGGAUCAGAAUGGACGCGACUGAAACCCGGCCGGGUUCGGGAGGAGAGAUGUCAGCGGUUUCUGCCGGACACACGCCACUGCAGAGCGGAUGGACUGACGAUGACCAAUCUGCAGAUGAGGAGGCUGACAAGGAAGGGUUCCGAGAUGAAGACACAUUGUUUCCUACAUCUGCAGAUGAAUUUGGAGGUUUCAGCUCCUCCUCUAGCUGGGAAGAGGAAGAGGCUGAUCUGACUGAAGACCAGGACCGCAGUAAAAAGAAGAGCUAUGCUGAGAGAGUGAGGAUAUUCAAGCUGCGAAGAAACCUGGACCAGCUGGACUCCUUCUACAAACAGAAGGAGCACGAUGUCCUGAAAGCCAGGGAGGAACUGAAGGCGUGCCGGCUACGUAUCGCAGAGCUGGGGAAACAACGAGACGUGGUGGAAAGAGAUAUUGAGGAGCUGAAAGAGUCUGAGAACACUGCAGCGUUGUUCCGCCUGCGGGCCCUGCACAAACGACUUUGCUCAGAGCUCCAGGGGGAAGAGGACCUUGAGUCACAGAUAGAAAUGGCAUUGACACAAAAUGAGCUGGAGCUGUGUCAGGUGGAAGUGGAGCUGGGGCGGUUCUCUCACCUGCGCCAGGAGGUUCAGAGGGAAGAGCAGGCUCUGGAGGUUCAGCAGGAGCAGCAAGCUGCCCGCAGGCUACGGCAGGAAGAGACAGCUGCCAGGGCAGCCGAGCUGAGGCACCGGCUUGAGAAAAAAAGACAGAUGAAUUCCCUUAAGGAACGAGAGGCUCAACAUCGCAAGGCAGUGGUGGAAGCACAGCAGAACCACAAGAAAGCUGUUUUGUAUCUGAAGGAGACAAUGAACAGAAUUCGUCAGAAAGAAGCAGAAGAAGAGAUGCAGAGUCGAGAGCAAAUGGAGAGACGAGUACAGGCAGUGCUGUCACUGAAGACAAAUAUUGCAGCCACCAGGGAAAACCUCCACGCUCUGCAGGCGCGUGAUAAGGCCAGGAUUGCAAGGCAAAAGGAAAAGGAGAGACUGGUGAGGGAGUCUGUGAGGGCCGAAGGGGGAGACGUCACUAAGUACAUGCACCAGCAGAAACAACUGCGGGAAUUAGAGAGGAAAAAACGAGCAUUUGAGGAGCAACAAAAAUCCAGGAAAAUACAAAUAAUCUCUAAGAUCCUACAAGAAGAAGCCUUACUGGAAAAACGCAAGAAAUACCAAGCUCAACAUUUUCCCACAUAUCGGAAGAGCCUGGAUAAGGCUUCCUAUUCUACGAAGACUCGUGAGAAACUAUUGGAGUACUUAGAUUUAACUUAUGGAGAAGCAGAUGAAGAAAGCUAUUCUCCAGAGUGGCGCAUUCCUUCCCCAUUGUCAGAGGAUGAGAAUCCGGUUGCUGAAGAUGGAGCUGCGCUCCCCGAAACACAGCCUGACUCUCAGGGUUCCCCUGAAAGAGAUGACAGUGAGGAAGAGAGGACAACAGAAGAAAGUCUUGCUGUACCUGAAUUUACAGGCCUAUGGGAGCAGAAGCAUAAAGAAUACAAGAUACCUAAGGAUGAUGCAAAAUCCAAGCCUGUCAAUUUAAGCAAAAUGGACCAAGAGAUUUUAGCUCGGACUCUGGAGAAGCAGAGGAGUGGAAUAGUGCGAAAGCAAGUUGUGGUUGGUAGGGAAUUUAAAGGAUGCCCUUUCUACAGCAAACCAGAAGUCAUUCACUUCAAGGAUUUUGAUGUCGGAAAGACCUAUAAGAAGAGGGUAACUCUGACUAAUGUCUCCUACUCAAUCAAUUUCUGCAAGCUAUUGGGAGUUAGUGAGCACCUGAAAGAUUUCAUCUCUGUGCACUUUGAACCCCCAGGGGCUAUGUCUGCUGGGAUGUCCUGUGACAUGCUGGUCACCUUUAAACCAAUGAUAAAUAAAGAUUUGGAUGGAAAAGUACAGUUUCUGUCUCAGACAGGGCCAUUUUCAGUCUCUCUUAAAUGUACCAUCAAGAAGUGUGAGCUGGCUGUUGAUAACAGCCUCAUUGAUUUCGGUACCCAUGUGGUGGGUGAGACAAUUUCACGAGUAAUCACCCUGACCAACCGUGGGACCCUGGGAACACAUUUCAUUCUUGUUCCAUCGUCAGACUCUGGUCCAGUCCAGCUUGUAUCAGAGCCUUUCUCCAUGGAGCCAGAGGUUUCCCAGGAGGUCACCUGUGCAGAGGUCAUCUCAGAAGGACAAGAAACAUCUCUGCAACAGGUCUCUGGGGAAGACUGUGAUAGCGCAGAAGAGAAUCAGAAACCUACCAAUGGGACAGUGUCUCCUUACACAGAGAAAGAAACGUCUGGUAAAGAGCUGAAAGACCAAGAAGUUCCUUCUGCAGAGCACGGUGGAGCAGAGCUGCUUGGGUCUGGCAAAUGGGGUGUUGUGGAGUCCAGUGAGAUUAAACCUGGAGAGGUCCAGGAAGGUGAAAUUGGUCCAUUAUCCUGUAUCAAACUGCAGAUCAUUUUCACUCCCACAAUUCCAGGAGACGUUCAGAUGGCCUUUGAUAUCAGGUUCUCUGACCCCAGCGCACAACCUAUUCCCAUUACAGUACGCGGGGUUGCCAUAGAUUUACCUGUCUGGGUUGCACAGCCAAAUGUUGACUUAAAGAUCUGCAUGUAUGACCGCCUUUAUCAAGACAGCAUUGUUGUGCAUAGUAGGUCCAGCACGGCUCUUCGUCUCACUUUUGUGGUUUGCAAGGAACUUCGGAACCACUUAGAGAUACUUCCUAAGACCGGGUUCAUCCAAGCUCAAUCAACCUUCAAUGUGCAGCUCAAAUUCCUGCCCAGACAUUCCUUGCCAGAUGAUACAGGGGCGUGUUUUGAUAAAGAGACAGGUGUGCUAGAAGUCCCUUUGAUGAUACAGGUGGCAGAUCAGGCCCGUCCUGUACCAUUCACAGUCCACGCUGUUGUCACAACAUCCGACUUGGAGUUUGGAAGGAAAGAGUUAGAUUUUGGCCACUGUUCCAUCUAUGAGUCAGUCCGGACUAGUGUCCUCCUCACCAACCAUUCCCUUCUCCCUCAGGAUUUUGGGUUUGUCGGAAUCCCAAAGUUUAUUGAUGUUCAGCCCAAUGAUGGCUUUGGCACUCUCCUUCCUUUGGAGACCUUGGAGAUUGAUAUCAUUUUCAGUCCCACAAAGGCAAGGGAAUACAGUUUUGAACUCACCUGCAAAUCAGGAAUCAACAGAGACUUCAAACUGUCCUGCAGAGCAGUGGGUGUGCACCCUCCUCUGGAGCUGUCGCACUCUCUAGUGCAAUUUGGUGCUACAGCAGUGAAUGACAUGUCCACUGCCACUCUGUAUGUGGUGAAUUCUCACACCAGCAGCAAUGAGUUCACACACCCUGUGCCAAGAAUAGGCAGAGGGGAGAUUGCACCUGUGGGACCAACGUCGUUUGAGUUCAUCAAUCCAGAUAACUCGGACAUCACCAUCACCCCAGAAGUAGGAACAGUGAUGCCAGGAAAGAGAUGUUUAGUCCAGGUGUCCUUCAGGCCCAGUAUCUCCGAUGAGGCCAUCAGGGAGGAGGCUGUCCGCUUACUGUGUCGCGCAGAGGAGUUACGGGUGCAGGAACUAGAAACGGAAAAGGAGGCAGCCAGUGCCAAAAGAGCAGAGCUGGAGAGUAAAAAAGAAGCUCAGUCAGAACUGAAAAGGGGGAAGAAGCAGCCAAACCCAGCUUCUGCCAAAACAGCAGUGAAAGAGAAGUGCAGCAAAGUGUCAGUGUCCCCCAAAAUCUGCAGCCCCUUUGAGCCCCCCAACCCAAGAGAUAUCCAUCCAGAGUCAGAGACCUUUGCUGCUGCUAAGGCUUCCCUGCUCCGUUCUUUCGCAGACUGUUUUAAGAGCUACACCGUCCCCUGCUUUGUAGCUAGUGGCGAAACUACAGACGGCAAAAACCCAGAACAUCUGCAAUACAGUCCUCACAACACUCUGUACCUGGAACUGCACUGCCCCAUAGUGAGGCCCCCUCUAGUGGUUGUGUCGGACAAUGGCAGGACGUCUGUGAACUUCAAUGAGGUGGCAACAGGCCAGAAAGUAGUACGCAGGGUUACAAUACAGAACAUUUCUCAAGACUCUCUGGAUUUGAGUUCAUCACUUCUUGAUCCCAAUGGGCCCUUUCUGCUUUUGAACGCACUUAGGCAUCUCGAACCUGGAGCCAUGCAUACCCUCCUCAUCUCUUUCAGUCCUGCUCAAGGCAAAAAGUACUAUGAGACCCUGCAGAUCCAAACUAAGAAGAUGACCCUUCGUCUAAACCUCUGCGGUAUCGGAUUACAACCCACUAUCAACUGCUCCGUUGAAGGAGGACUCAUCAGCUUUGGAUAUGUGUUAGAGAAGGAGAGUGCUACCCAGAUGUUUAAGCUGCACAACACCUCUUCCCUCCUGGUGCACUACAGUCUUAAGCUGGAGAGCUUGUCAAAUUUCACUCAUGAAGGUCUCCCACCAUUCCUCGCAUCAGGCUUGCAGUCCCAGGCUCCUGUGGGUACUCAGAACUACAGUGGCCUCAGCGUGUUCAGCGUGUCGCCCAUAGAAGGCGCUAUUUCCCCAGGGAAGAGCCAAGAUAUCACUGUGACUUUCCAACCUGACCACGAGAGCCUCUAUUACUCAGACAGGCUGAAGGUGGAGCUCAUGAACAAGCAAACAGUGCAGGAGGUGCAGCUGAAGGGAGCAGCAAGGAGGCACACUAUGUAUGUAAGUGGAGGAGACCCCCUGGAUGUCCCUGUAGAAUCCCUGGCUUUUCUUCCCCCAGAUGAAGAAAGCACAGAGCUUGAGAGACCGCCCCUGCCUGUACUCCUGACCCUGAAGAGUGUCUACAGUGAGAGCACAGUGCCCCCAGCAGUCCGUGAGCUGGAAGUGGGAUGUAUUCGGAGCACCCAACCCAUGGUGAAGAAGAAUGUGGAAUUUGCUUUGGAUAAUCUUCCAGUCCUCCAGCAGAAGGGCUUCAGCGUGGAUCCAGUAAAGGGAACAGUGGAGCCAGGACAGAAGAAAACCAUAACUGUAACAUGGGCGCCUCACAGUGGUCAGAAUCUGACUCAGCCACUCUGUGUCUCAGUGCCACUGACUGUGAAAGGAGAUGUAACCGAGAUCUACAAUGUCACCCUUUUGGCCCUUGUAGUGAGAGCACCUGAGUCAGGCUCUGAAAGAUAAGAGCAGUGUUUGUACAGUAGCAUUCAAUUUGCUUCCCAUUUGCAAAGAUAUAAUAAUAAUGCCUAUAGAGAGAUAAUCUGCAUAUCUAAGUACGUGCAAAAAAGAAAAAUGCAUUUUCUAGAUGGGAUUCAUAAAAAUGAAUAACUGGAGAAACAUUUCAGAAGUAUGAAUUGGGACAUCACUUCUUUCAGGUUCACCAAUGUGCAUAAAACGUGUUAAAAAGCAUCAUACUUUCUUAAUAAAAGUGCUUAUUUUACCCCA